AAAAUGAAAAAAGAAUACAAAAAAAAAUCCCUCUCUGCUUUCUUGCUUAGUACCCACAAUCGAAUCGCGGUGGCUUCAACAAAAAUGACCAAAGAAUUCUCGGUGCCACCGGUAGUCUUCCGCUCCGGCGGUGGAGUCAACCCUCCUGCCGGAAACGUUAACCAACGCCGCGUACCAACGGCUCCUUUCCAACCCUCACGCCCUCCAUCCUCCUCCUCUUCCGCCAUACCUUUCAUGUCCUUCGACAUCGGCUCCGCAGCGUCAUCGUCCGGACCCUUCGGCGGCACAAUCUCCACCUCAGCAGCAUCCGGAUCCGCCUCUUUCGACGACGAAGAACCCCUCCUCGACGAACUCGGCAUCCAUCCGGACCAAAUCUGGCACAAAACAAAAUCCAUCCUCAACCCUUUCCGGGUCAACCCGACGGCCCACAAAGACUCGGACCUAUCCGGCCCAAUCUUCCUCUACUUAUCCCUCUGCUUAUUCCAACUCCUCGCCGGCAAGAUCCAAUUCGGCGUAAUCCUCGGCUGGAUCGUCGUCUCCUCGAUUUUCCUCUAUAUAGUUUUCAAUAUGUUAGCGGGACGCAACGGCAACCUGGAUCUGCACACGUGUACGAGUGUGGUUGGUUAUUGUAUGUUACCGGUGGUGAUCUUAUCAGCCGCGUCGCUUUUUAUUCCGCAAGGGAGCAGCGUCCCUAGGUAUGCAUUGGCGGGAGUUUUUGUUGUGUGGGCCACUAGGGCUUGCACCAAUUUAAUGGUGACGCUUGCUGAUGGAGGUGAAGAACAUCGUGGCCUUAUUGCGUACGCUUGUUUCUUGAUCUACACUUUGUUUUCGCUUCUUGUUAUAUUUUAAUUGAAGUCCAAUUUCUUUUAUUUUCUUUUCUCUUUAGAGUUAGUUUCUCAGUGGAUGAUAUGAAUGUAAAAGGGUUUUUUUUUUGUUGAAUUUCGAUAGCUACAAUGUUGAAUGGAACUAAAAUUUAGCAGAAUUGUGCUUUCUUUUUUUU